GCGUAUAUAGGCACUAUAAACUGACCUCUUCCACGGCACUAGCUUUUUUUUUCUGUGGAACGCCAGCUAGCAGAUAUUCCAGCUUAGCUUCAUAUCUUUGCUAAAAGGACCUCUGUGCACUCAACGUCUGUGUAUUCAGUGAAGAGCGAAACAAACGUCCGAAAAAGGUUCAUACCCCCCAAUUAUCGAACGUUCAUCGUUUUCAUGAAAAUUUUGACGACCUUCAGCAACGUAUACCAAUGAACACCCUGCAAACCUCAGAGUGGUUUCCGUCGUUUCUCGUUCCCUUUGUUACCCUCUCCUACCCAAUCGCCACCCCGACACACACAGACUCAUUCCAUACUUCCUCUUACUACACUACAGGCCUUCUAGAUGGCUGUAUCAUAAUUACUUGCAUCGCGGUGAUGGCGAUCCUGCGCGACGUCACGAGAAUAUACCUAAUGGAGCCCUUUGCCAAGUGGAAGCUCGAGCGCGACUGGACGCGGACACGGGCGAAAUUCUCCAAAGCGAAUGGUAGUAGCAAUGGGAGGACCAAUGGCAACGGUCAUGCUGCGCAUGCCAACGGGGAGUACCUACAGCCCAGCGACUUCCCAAAAAUGGAGCGAAAAAUACACAGGAGCGUAUUGAGGUUUGCUGAGCAAAGUUGGUCCAUGAUAUACUACACGCUUCAGUGGUCCUAUGGUCUAUACAUUCAUCUCAGUCUUCCGACUUCAUUGUUGAGCCCGACAGAGCUCUGGGCCAAUUACCCUCAUAUACCAAUCGCUGGACCCGUCAAGUUCUACUAUCUUACUCAAACUGCUUUCUAUCUUCAUCAAAUACUCAUUCUCAAUGCUGAGGCUCGCAGGAAGGACCACUAUCAAAUGAUGACGCAUCAUGUAAUCACCAUCUUCCUUAUGGUGACCAGUUACUUUUAUAACUUUACUCGUGUCGGAUGUCUAAUCAUGGUUCUAAUGGACUGCUGUGAUAUAUUCUUACCUCUCGCGAAAAUGUUGCGCUACAUCGGCCUUUAUACCCUGUGCGACUUCACGUUUACGUUGUUCCUUGUAUCGUGGCUCGUCACCCGUCACGUAUUCUUCAUCAUCGUCAUAAAAUCGGCGUACUCUGAUGCGCACCUUCUAAUCCACUCUGGUUGGAACCCCGAGCAAGGGAGCUACCACUCCCCAUUGGCCAUGGGCAUUUUCAUCACUAUGCUAAUCGUGCUACAGAUAUUACAAGUUAUUUGGUUCGCUAUGAUCUGUCGUGUAGCUUGGCGCGUCGUAUCUGGACAAGGGGCAUCUGACGACCGCAGUGACGACGAGGGUGACCUGGUAUCGCAGGAAAGCAAAAAAGAGCGUUGAGUGGACGAAAGUGAGAGAAUGUAUUUUCGUCCCACUAGAGGCUGAGUGCUGGCCCGUGAGCACGGACUAUAUGCUUCAAUUUCAUACCGCAUUAUCAUACAAUCCUUUUAUCACCGUCGUCUGCUGUAGGCAGGUACUCUAGUAGUACUGUUCCAGUAUAUAUACAGUUACGUUCCCCCUAC